CUCCCUUCUCUGUCUCUCCCCCCCCCCUCUCUCUCUCUCUCUCUCUCUCUCUCAUUUUCCUAUCUGUCUGUUGGUGUUCAGAUCUUGCAGCUUCUACACUCCACAGCCUCAGCCACACCUCUGUCUAGGUUGCUUCAAGAUCCAACCACCGCACACAACAACACCCUCCCCAUAUUACUCUCUCAAAGUUUCGUCUUUUUUUCCCCUUUCCAUUGAACCAAUCGAUGCCCCGGCUCUGGUUGGUUUAUGAUACCUGUUUGCGUUGUUGUUGAGCUGAGCGAGGGAGAUUGCAAGGAAGGAGGGUGCAUGAGUAGGGAUUUCAUCUGGAGCUUACGUUCAAGGUGGGAUUGCGCCUUUGUCAUCCGGAGCAGGGGUAGAUGGGGCAAAUGUGGCUAAUCAUCCCAUCCUCAUUUUGUCUCCUCAAAUACUAACUUGUCUUCUUCACCUAAUCAAAUCGGCUCUUCUCCCUGUUGUUUACUGAGUUUGUUGUGUUUGGGGAUUAUUGAAGACUAUGCACCAGGAUCAUCAGAAGAAGAGCUCGACAGAGAUGGACUUCUUCUCUGAAUAUGGUGAUGCUAAUCGGUAUAAAAUCCAGGAAGUUAUUGGGAAAGGCAGCUAUGGCGUUGUUUGUUCAGCCAUUGAUACUCGCACUGGGGAAAAAGUGGCAAUUAAAAAGAUACAUGAUAUUUUUGAACACAUAUCUGAUGCUGCCCGUAUCCUUCGUGAGAUAAAGCUGCUUAGACUUCUACGACAUCCAGAUAUUGUUGAAAUAAAACAUAUUAUGCUACCACCUUCGAGAAGGGACUUUAAAGAUAUUUAUGUCGUCUUUGAGCUCAUGGAGUCUGAUCUUCAUCAAGUCAUCAAAGCCAAUGAUGACUUAACUCGAGAGCACUACCAAUUUUUUCUUUACCAACUGCUUCGGGCGUUAAAAUAUAUUCACACAGCGAAUGUCUAUCAUCGUGAUUUGAAACCUAAGAAUAUAUUGGCAAAUGCGAACUGCAAACUUAAGAUCUGCGAUUUCGGGCUGGCGAGAGUUGCUUUCAGUGAUACGCCAACCACAAUCUUUUGGACGGACUAUGUUGCUACAAGAUGGUAUAGAGCUCCUGAACUCUGUGGAUCAUUUUUCUCAAAGUAUACACCUGCAAUUGACAUAUGGAGUAUUGGCUGCAUCUUUGCUGAAGCACUAACAGGGAAACCUCUAUUUCCUGGAAAGAAUGUUGUUCACCAGCUGGAUUUAAUGACGGAUCUACUUGGGACACCUUCAUUAGAUACAAUCUCCCGGGUUCGAAAUGAGAAGGCAAGACGAUACUUAACAACCAUGAGGAAGAAACAGCUGGUGCCCUUUGCACACAAAUUUCCAAAUGCUGAUCCGUUAGCCCUGCGACUCUUGGAAAGGUUGCUUGCGUUUGAUCCGAAAGACCGACCUACUGCUCAGGAGGCAUUGGCAGAUCCUUACUUCAAGGGAUUGUCGAAAGUUGAGAGGGAACCUUCCUGUCAGCCAAUUACAAAAAUGGAGUUUGAGUUUGAGAGACGAAGGGUUACUAAGGAGGACAUAAGAGAGCUAAUUUUUCGUGAGAUCCUUGAAUACCAUCCCCAGCUGCUCAAAGACUAUAUGAAUGGAACUGAGAGGACUAAUUUCCUUUACCCUAGUGCUGUUGAUCAAUUUAGAAAGCAAUUUGCGCAUCUUGAGGAAAAUGGUGGUAAAAGUGGUCCAGUUAUUCCGCUAGAAAGGAAGCAUGUUUCUCUUCCUAGGUCUACGAUAGUACAUUCCAAUACAGUCCCUCCAAAAGAGCAAGCAAAUGUCACUUCUUUCAAAGAUCGGCAAGUUGCUGAAGAUCUGUACCACAGAAAUUCUAGAGAUGCAGUGGGAAUUUCCGUAAAUCCGUCUAGAGCUUUGCAUGUGGCCCAAAGAAUUCCACUUGCCAAACCUGGAAAAGUUGUGGGACCAGUUGCUCCAUAUGAGAAUGGAAGCAUUAUGAAGGAUAGUUAUGAUCCAAGAGCAUUUGGUAGAAGCACAGUCCACCCUCCUAAUGCUGUUCCUCCCACUUAUUGGCAUCACAAGUCUAGCUAUGUCAAGCAGGAGAAGUCCGUAACAGAAGCUGAGAGGAACUAGUCCUCUCAAGCAAAAUAAGUCAAUGUGGUGUGGCAAACAAAUUUGCUCCUGAUGUAGCCGUCAACAUAGACUCGAACCCUUUUUUCAUGACACGUGCUGGGAUUAACAAGGCAGAACAUGUGAAUGAUCGUGUAACAGUCUAUGCAAAAUUGUUGCAGGCGGCUAAGUAACUGUAUAGUGGUCUAGGUGUUGCGGCCAGUGCUGCAGCAACUGCAGCUGCUCAUCGAAAAAUUGGGAGCGUGCAGUGUUGCGUGACAAUUGACAAGGAUGUAUCAAGGAAAAAAGGGUUUUAUGGUUGUUGGCUGAGUCAAGUAACCUAUGUGGAGAUAAGGGGGCUCUUUCUAGAAAAUCAAUUGCCCCUUUCCUUGGUGUGUACUGCAGAAGAAGAGGGGUAAAGGAGGAAGGAAAAGAAGGUUUAAACUCUCAAGAUUCGAGAGCCGCCAGCAAAGCUCAGGUUAUGUAAACAAUUGCGGCCAUCAAAUUAUACUUUCAUUUUUAACACAAAGGAUUUUUUUUACUUUCAUCCCCAGAAUAGUAUGUGAUUGGAUAAUUGGAGAUGAUGUCUGGAGAAUGUUUAUAUUUGAUAGGCUAUCUUGUGAGAUAAAUAAAAUAACCUGCAAUACGUAGUAUGUGUGUUAUACGAGAAAUCCUAUACAUAAGUGGAUGAAUAUUGUUGUCUUGGAA